GAUGACACUGGUGAUGACUCUGGAGAUGACACUGGAGAUGACACUGGUGAUGACUCUGGAGAUGACACUGGUGAUGACUCUGGAGAUGACACUGGCGACGAUUCUGGUGACAAUUCCGGUGAAGAUUCCGGCGAAGAUACCGGAGAUGAUUCUGGUGACUCUGAUGAUGGCUCAGCUACCACUACCUCGCCUGCCACUUCAUCCUCCGCGUCUCCAGCUGCCAGCUCAAGCGCAGCUGUCUCGGAACUGUGCAGCCCCCAAUGCACUGAAUGCCUGUCAACUGACACAACCGAUACCUCAGGCACGUCAUUCAGACGGUCCGGUCUAUUCAGCAGAGGGCUCGCUCAAAGGGCCUCCAGCUUUCUCGCCUGGAUGUCCACCCAGAUGCAGACCGCACAGCCCCUUGUCAAGAGCACUAGCGGCGUAACUACAUCUACAUCCGUCGUUUUUGGCAGCGGUACAAGCAGCCUUUCCCAGGCUAAUGUUCGCGGAUGCACUGUUCUCUACGUUGUCUCCAAGUACGCUGUGUAUGAGGCGCACCUGUGGGAAUCCCCGGGAUUUGUGUCGAGCCAGAACGGCACUGUCGCCUUCAACGAGCAAUCAUUCCAGACCAACAUUAUCAGCUACCUGACGAACGACGUGAACCUCAAGCUGCCACAGCUCACUGGCUCCGCUGCGUACCCCGACCCUGGCACUCAGAUCUACAUUGGCACGCCUGUAGCCGCUACUGGACAAGGCGCAAAGUACGUGUCUCAAAUCUCGCGCAUCGCAACAACAGUCAACCAAAUUCUUGGGCUGUCUUCUGAGCCGGCUGAGUACUACUACACGCCCACCAGCAUGGAUGGUGAAAACAACUGGCUAUUCCAGUACAAUGAGAACGCCUGCAACAAGCCUGUGUGGCAAAUUUGGUAUGGCGGUAUGGCAGAUAAUGCCCUGUGGUCAUCCAGCCAGACGUCUAGCUCCUGCGCCUCUAGUGCGGCGACGCCUUCUCGCACACCAGGAGUUCCUGCCUAUACCCCGUCCACCAUGAUGGUCAUGCCCAAAGCGACUCCUGCUUAUUAG